AUGGCAUCAUAUAUUGCAAAGAGAUUAUUCUCCUCCAGUAGAAUCAGAUUAGAUACCCUUGCGUUAAUAGAAGGUGCUAAUAAUGGAGUGAACCCAUCUUCAUUAUCCACUAUCACUGCUGCAACUCAAAUUGGUGAGCCAGUCACUGCUAUUGUAUUUGGCAGCAACGGCGAUGUUAUUGCUGAUGCUGUUUCCAAGACUGAAGGUGUAUCCAAGGUUUUGGUUGCCAAAGAUGCCAAAUUUGAUCAUUACUUAGCAGAAGAAAUUUCCCCAUUGCUCAAAGAGAUAAUUCAAGAUGGUAAAUUUACACAUUUUUUGACUGCUGGUUCUUCAGUUGGUAAAUCAGUUCUUCCAAGAUUGGGUGGAUUGUUAGAUGUGCAACCAAUUUCUGAAAUCACCAAAGUCAUUGACUCAGCCACUUUUGUUCGUCCAAUCUAUGCUGGUAAUGCAUUGGCUACUGUUAAGUCCAAGGAUAGUAUCAUUCUUGCAUCUGUAAGAGCUUCAGCUUUCCCACCAGCAGAAGUUGGUGGUUCUAGUGCUCCAAUUGAACAAGUAUCCAAAUCUGUUGAAUCCGGUAACCGUACUGAGUUUGUAUCGGAACAACUUGUCAAAUCUGAAAGACCAGAAUUGGGUCUGGCUACAAGAGUAGUUGCUGGUGGUCGUGGUUUAAAGAAUAAAGAAACAUUUGACCAAUUGAUUGAUCCAUUAGCUUCCAAGUUGAAUGCUGCUAUUGGUGCUUCUAGAGCUGCUGUUGACUCGGGUUUCUGUGACAACUCUUUACAAGUGGGACAAACUGGUAAAAUUGUUGCCCCAGAUUUAUAUAUUGCUGUUGGUAUUUCUGGUGCCAUUCAACAUUUGGCCGGUAUGAAAGAUUCCAAGACCAUUGUGGCUAUUAACAAAGACGGAGAUGCUCCUAUAUUUAAUGUGGCUGAUAUCGGAUUAGUUGGUGAUUUGAACGAAGUCAUACCCGAAUUAACCCAAAAAUUAUAA